AUGGUUUGUACGUGUUUUGUCUGUGGUGGGCCAGUAUCAAUGUGUAUUCGAAAUUUUCAUGAAGGUUUCAAUAAUGAUAAUUCAAAUAAUUAUCAACAACAAAACGAGGAGACUGAACCCGAAUCAGAUUAUUCAGAUUCCGAACAAGGAAAUGAACGAACAUCCCUCUAUGAUCAAUUAGACGAAUACGAAAAAGCUUCUAUGUUAUUACGACAUAUCGAAAUAACAUUUGAUGAUACUAAAUGGGCCGAUCGCGGUCUCAGCAGUCAUGAAUUCGAUGGAAUCCCUACCCAUAGCGACACAUUCACAAUUGAGAUCCUUAAUUUUGAUGAACAAAUGCCGCGUAUCCUAACCUACUCGGUGAUUGUCGAUUUUGAAUCUUGGGCUGAAUGUGUAUUUGACGAUCCUUUGAGCGACUACGCUGAUGGUUUUGGACUUUUAAUGCAUCAAAAUUGUUUUAUAAUGUUGAAUGAAUACUUGACUGCCUGGUGUAAGGCAAAUUUCCCUGAGGAUGAUAAGCCAGCAAAAAUAGGAAAAUAUCGAGUUAACUAUGUCACUGUUUUUCACCGAUUCGCUCAUGAAAUUAUCAACAAUAAUUACCGCUUCAAUGUGCUCAAUCACGAGACAAUGAACCGUCAUUUCAAGUCAAACGGGAAAUUUGAAUGCAAUGAAUCUGAAGCAUGGAAAAUAAGUAAUCCUAUCUAUAUUCCUGGCUACGAAGAAUUAAUCGAGAACCGUAUCGUCUUGCCACAAUUGAAGGAGUCGUUUUGCGCUAGCAAUUUAGGCGAAUUAAAAAGAAUUCCUAACGAGGUUCUUGGGUUGUUAUCUGAGUUUCUCGUCUGGACGAUUUACGCACUUUCAUCUCGACAAACAAGGCGAUUUACAGCAUUAUUGCUGGGAACAUGGGAUACAUAUGGCGAAAAUCGACAAUGGAAACUUUUUAUAUUCCCGAAAAAUGCUUGCCGCCGCGGCAAAAAUCAAGUGAGAAUUCGGUUGAAGAGUGUCAUGUUCCGUUUCUCGAUUAUAGGUUUUACCUUGUCUGUGCAAAGUCACCCAAUAUUAAAAAUCGCGCUAGAAUUUUCGCGAAUUGUGUUAUCAUAA